GCUAUCGAGGUAGAUCAGCUGAGCUGCACCUCUUGGUCCCAUCUCUUUGUCUCCUUGCAUUGCAUCUGCUGCCAUCUUUGCCUGGCUGCCAUGAGUCGUCAGUUCAAUCACUACCCCAGUGGGGACCGCAUUGGCUUCAGUGGCUGCUCAGCUAUCAUUUCAAGUAGACUUAGCAGCAGUUCAACCUCCUUCCGGGGUGGGGUGAAGGGAGUAGGGGCAGCAGCCUUUGGCAGCAAGAGUCUUUACAGCUUGUGUGGCAACCGUCAAAUUUCUAUCAGUGCCACAACAGGGGCAUCCCGGACUGGGAGCUAUUCUCUCGGGCAUGGGGCUAGUUUUGGGGGAGGCAGGGUGAGUGGGUUUGUGGGAACAAUUUUUGGAAAUGCUGGACUGGGACCUGUGUGCCCAUCAAUCUGUCCUCCCCGAGGCAUCGCUCAGGUUACCAUCAACAAAAGCCUCCUGGCCCCGCUCAACGUGGAACUGGACCCUGAGAUCCAGAAAGUGAGGACCCAGGAACGCGAGCAAAUCAAGGCACUCAACAACAAGUUUGCCUCUUUCAUUGACAAGGUGUGUUUUCUGGAGCAACAAAACCAGGUGCUGGAGACCAAGUGGAACCUACUGCAGCAGCUGGACCUGAGCAACUGCAAAAGGAAUCUAGAGCCCAUUUACGAAAGCUAUGUCAGCACACUUCGUAGGCAGGUGGAGACCCUGUCAGGGGAUAGGGUGAGACUGGACUCUGACCUGAGGAACAUGCAGGAUUUGGUGGAGGACUUCAAGAAGAGGUAUGAGGUGGAAAUUAAUAAACGAACAGUGGCUGAGAAUGAGUUUGUGGUGCUCAAGAAGGAUGUGGAUGCAGCCUACAUGAACAAAAUAGAGCUCCAGGCCAAGGUGGACGCUGCAACCGAUGAGAUCAAAUUCCUCAAAUGCCUAUAUGAAGGGGAGAUUGCCCAGAUCCAGUCCCACGUCAGUGACACAUCCGUCAUCCUCUCCAUGGACAAUAAUCGAGACCUGGACCUGGACAGUAUCAUUGAUGAUAUCAAAACCCAGUAUGAAGAGACCGCCAUGAGAAGCAAGACUGAGGCUGAGGCCCUCUAUCACAGCAAGAUUCAAGAGCUACAAGUCACAGCUGGCCGGCAGGGUGAUGACCUUAAACUUACCAAGGCUGAGAUCUCAGAACUUAAUCGACUGAUCCAGAGACUUCGUUCAGAGAUUGGGAGUGUGAAGAAACAGUGUGCCAACUUGGAGACAGCUAUCGCAGAUGCUGAGCAGCGGGGUGACUGCUCUCUGAAAGAUGCUCGGGCCAAGCUGGAUGAGUUGGAGGGUGCCCUACAUUGUGCCAAGGAGGAGUUGGCGCGCCUGUUGCUGGACUACCAGGAGCUGACUAGUGUCAAACUGGCCCUGGACAUGGAGAUUGCCACCUACAGGAAGUUACUGGAAGGCGAGGAGUGCAGGAUGUCUGGCGAGUAUCCAAAUUCUGUGAGCAUCUCGGUCAUCAGCAGCACCAACACCAGACCAGGAGGCACUGGCUUCAGUGUGGGCUUCGGAACCUCGAGCACUUACAGCUAUAAGCCGGGAGCCACCGACAUCAAAACCAAGGGCAGCUGUGGAGGCAACUACAAGGAGCCCGUGACCAAAGGCGGCAGCUCUCCAGCCAAGAAGGGCUUCAGAUAAAGGUUGAGCAGCCAAGUCCUCCCAGUCGAGAAUAUGUGCAAGGAAUCUUUGAGCCCCUGCUGCUACCCAGCGACCCCCUGUUCAGCUCUCAAGGCAAGACGCUCUCUUUGCUCUCUAAAAGCCUGAUUGGUUCCCUCUCCUACUAUCUUCAGUAUCUUCUGCAAAGGGGAUCCAGACCAGCCUAGCUACGGACUCUGAUAACUGCUCCUCUGUGGGCAGCCUUCACAGGGCCACAAACCCAGUAAUGGCUGGCAUCUCUACAUAAAUUUAAUGCUUGCAAAUCACUUUACAGACGUUAUUUCAUUUGAACCUCACAACACCCUUAUGAGGUAGACACUAUAUACUAUCCUAUUAUACUAUAGAAUACUGUAGGUAUUCUCAUCCUCAUUCUACAGCUGAGGAAACUGAGGCUCAGAGAAGUCAUCUGAUCCUCACAACCCUGAGAAGUAGGGGCUAUGGUGAUCCC